AUCGACAAUUUGGUCCAAAAAUCUGCAGUUUUCGCGAGUCCUACAAAAGUGGGUGCAAGGAGAGCAAAGGACUGGAAUUUGUGGCUUCAACUUCAUCAAAAUUGUGUCAAGGAUGGUCGCAAUUUGGUUGUUAUGUCAUUAUAAUGAUCGGAAUUUUGAUGUGAGGGUACAAGAUACUGAUGAAACGAACUACAUGGAUUUGGUUGAUGACUUGUUUGAUGAUUCUAUUAAGCAAGAUGUUCUGAUUCCCGAUUUAUUUAGAUUGUUUUAUGUUAAUCCUAGUACGAAUAAAAGAGUAGAAUUGUUGAAUGAUGUUGGUUUGAUGGGCAUGUGGGGUUUAUUUAAGCGCACAGAUACUGUGGAAAUUUGGAUAGAGAAGGCAAAUGAGAAGGAAACUUCAAUCCAAUUUAGGACUGCAGUUAAGAAAAGGAAGGAUAGGAAGGAAAGGAAGGCUGCAAAACUUAGAAGGAAAGCUGAGGAGUUUGAGAGGGAGAGGGAAGAGGAAAGGAGAAGGUUAGAAAGGGAGGCUGAGAUUCAAAGGGAUUUGGAGGAGCAAUUGGCAAACACAGUGGCAGUUGAGGUGCCUGUGUAUGAUGUUGAGGAUUUAAGCGUAGAGUACGUACGUGUUUACAGCUCACAACAUGCUGACUGCUUUUCCCCGGGAGGUUCCCAACCACCAAAUACACAAAAAGAGCCUUCACCACCACCAAGAGAGCCCUCACCACCACCAAAUGUUCCAUCACCACCAAGAGAGCCCUCACCACCACCAAAUAAUCCAUCACCACCACCAAGAAGUCCCUCACCACCACCAAAUAAUCCAUCACCACCACCAAGAAGUCCCUCACCACCACCAACCUCACCACAGACACAACCACAGCAACAACAACAACAGAAAGAACAUCAGCAACAACCACAAACAGAACAUCAACAACAACAACAAACAGAACAACAGCAACACCAACCCACAGAACAGCAGCAACAACAUCAAACAGAACACCAGCCAGAUCAGACACCCCCUCCUAACAGGGCUGAGUUAAACAAAGGGAGGGGUUUCAGAAUUUCCAGAAGUCAUGCUAAGAAGACGGGUGAGUUUGUUCCUAAGAAGAGGGGGGGAAGGCCUGCUGGUUCAAGGGUGAGGAAACCCACUGCAUACAAUGUGGAGGAAGAGGAGCAAUGGGAUGAUGAGAGGAGUGCUGACUCGAGGCUUGCUGCUAGAGUUUGUGGUUGUGGGAAAUGGCAAGGGUGUGGUAUACCUUGCAAGCAUGCUAUUAGGGUAAUAUACCAUCAAAGACUCAAUCCUACAGAUUUUGUUUCUCCUUACUUCAAAGGGGCAGCCUAUAAGCUCACAUACUCAGAGCAUAUUCACCCCAUGCCUGACUCAACACAGUGGCCUACAUUUGAGCUACCUAGGAUUCUUCCCCCACUAAUGAGAAGGGCAGCUGGCAGACCAGCCAAGCAGAGAAGAAGAGGUGCUCAUGAGAAGAAGAGGGGGAAAAGAAACACCACUGUCAAGUGUGGGAAAUGCAAGCAAAUUGGGCAUAACUCAAGAACCUGUAAAGGAGGUUCCACUGCAAAACAGAGGAAAGAAUCUGCUGCAGCUGCUGUUGGUUCUGCUGGUGCAUCAACAUCUGGUGCUAGGAAGAGGAAGGCUCCAACAUCUAAUGCAUCGAGCAGCAAGAAGUCAAAAGCUGCAUAA